AUGUCCAACAGCAGCUCCAUCACCCAGUUCCUCCUCCUGCCGUUCACAGACACACGGGAGCUGCAGCUCUUGCACUUCUGGCUCUUCCUGGGCAUCUACCUGGCUGCCCUCCUGGGCAACGGCCUCAUCAUCACCACCAUAGCCUGGGACCAGCACCUCCACACCCCCAUGUACUUCUUCCUGCUCAACCUCGCCCUCUUUGACAUGGGCACCAUCUCCACCAUUCUCCCCAAGUCCAUGGCCAAUUCCCUCUGGGAUUCCAGGGACAUCUCCUACUUGGGAUGUGCAACACAGCUCUUUUUGUUUGUCUUCUUGAUCACAGCAGACUAUUGUCUACUCACCAUCAUGUCGUAUGACUGCUACGUUGCCAUCUGCAAACCCCUGCACUACGGGACCCUCCUGGGCAGCAGAGCUUGUGUCCACAUGGCAGCAGCUGCCUGGGCCACUGGGUUUCUCAGUGCUCUGCUGCACACGGCCAAUACAUUUUCACUGCCCCUGUGCAAGGGCAAUGCCCUGGACCAGUCCUUCUGUGAAAUCCCCCAGAUCCUCAAGCUCUCCUGCUCACACUCCUACCUCAGGGAACUUGGGCUUCUUGUGGUCAGUGCCUGUUUAGCUUUUAUUUGUUUUGUGUUCAUUGUGGUGUCCUAUGUUCAGAUCUUGAGGGCCGUGCUGAGGAUCCCCUCUGAGCAGGGACGGCACAAAGCCUUUUCCACCUGCCUCCCUCACCUGGCCGUGGUCUCCCUGUUCCUCAGCACUGUCAUGUUUGCCUACCUGAAGCCCCCCUCCAUUUCUUCCCCAUCCCUGGACCUGGUGGUGUCUGUUCUGUACUCAGUGGUGCCUCCAGCAGUGAACCCCCUCAUCUACAGCAUGAGGAACCAGGAGCUCAAGGAUGCCCUCUGGAAACUCAUAUCUUAGUGUUUUCUGAAGCAAUAAAUUGCCCAUCUGCUUCUACUUAGCAGGUUUAAUGUAACUAGUUACACGUCCAGCCUCUCAUCUCUAUUUUCUGUUGUUAUUGACAUUGGUUUUGAUGCGAUAAUGUUGUCAUCCCCUUUCUAAAUCUCUGUCUGCUUUUAUUUUCUAACCACUGGUUGU